AUGAAUAAAAUUAUUUUAUUGUUACUUUUUAUUUCAACUCUUUUUCAAAUAGUAUAUAACUGUUCAUGCGGAUAUCAGAAACCAGAAGGUUCAAUGUGCUACGCGGAUUUUAUUUCAUAUGUACAUGUAAAAGGAGUUACUCGUCUUAGAAAUUCUUCAGGUCAACUUUUACCACAAAGUGGGCGUGGAAUAAAGUAUUAUGUAAAUCAUUUGAAAAUUUAUAAAAAACCAAAAGGAAUGAAACUUUCACAUCACAUUUAUACAGCUUCUAAUUCUGCAUUAUGUGGAAUUUCAGACUUGAAAAAAGGUACUAAAAUUUAUCUUAUGGGAAGAAUAGAUAAAUCAGAUUCAAAAACAUUAACAAUAAGUUUAUGUUAUAGCACAAACUUUUAUUCAAUGAUAAACGGUAAAAUUUCAAAGAAAGAUAUCAAAAUUUUAGAAAAGAAAAGUUACAGACCAUGCAAAUAA